GCUCCUCUCUUCUCCCCAUCUCCAUUUUUUUCCUCCCAUUGAUUUUGCAUUUUAGCCCCUCAGGAAGCUCCGAUUUCGCGCCCGGUCCGACGGCCCGGUUCCUAGCGUGCUCUGCUCCGAUCGAGCGCGCCGUCCCGUGGGGGACCGCUGCGAGGCCUCUCGUCCGGCGGGUGUGGUUCUCGGCUCGGUUCCGUUUCUUCCCGCACAAAUCUCGUCUUUUUUGGUUCAGAUUUGGAUUCUAGGCGCCCGUCUGGGUGUUUCUCGUGUGUUUCGGCUUCGGUUUCGCCGAUUUGGUGCCGGAUUCGGUGGGUUCGGGCCGCAUAGCCUGGAUCUCGGGCGCAGGUCUAGCGCUAAGAGCCCUCAGAUUGGGGAUUUCCUGCCGGAGGAAGCUUUUCAAGGGAGCUAGCUGCAGCAGCUCUUCUAGUCUCUGAAGGUUUCACCGUUCGCGGUGGAGAGGGAUUAGCUUGAGGAGUAGUUUGGCAGGCUCGUUUAUUGCGUGGGGUUUUGGGUAGAUUUCGUGUAGUGGUGAGCAAAGUUUGGUGUCAAGUCUGGUGGUGGAAGCCCUCAAGCUGGAGAUUUCCUCCCUCACGACGCCGAAGGAGCACACCGGCUUUGGAAGGAAUUUCCUGACAUCCCAGAGGCUGCCGAUUUCCUCCCUCCCAAGAAGCAAAGCAAGGGCUUUCUUCUAGAGGAGCUCUUCCAGUUCUUUAAGUUUGUGGGCCGUGGCUAUUUAAUCUCCAUCUGCAUCCCAAGUUAUUCACAAUUCUGUGAGACUGGGAACUCCGGAUUUGGUUUCGAUAAGGUGUUCUGGGAAUGGGGAACCAAUGCCCAAACGGGACCCUUGGGAGUGACUACUACAACCGCCCCGCGUCUAGGUUCGCUGAUGGAUGCCUCGACGACGAUCGGUACUCUGACUUGAAGAAGUUUGACAAGCCAUGGCCUGAGGUGAACUCAUUUAAGCCAACUGCUGCUGGUAUUUUGAAGAGGGGAUUGGAUCCGACGGCUAUAACUGUCCUUGAAAGGAAGACGGAGGACCUAAGGGAACAUUAUAUCAUUGGUCGCAGGCUUGGUCAAGGCCAGUUUGGCACAACAUACCUCUGCACCGAGAUCAGUACAGGGUGUGAGUAUGCAUGCAAGACCAUCCCAAAGCGCAAGCUCAUAACUAAGGAGGAUGUUGAGGAUGUGCGCCGUGAGAUCCAGAUAAUGCACCAUUUGUCAGGCCACAAGAAUGUUGUUGCCAUCAAGGAUGUAUAUGAGGAUGGGCAGGCAGUGCAUAUUGUGAUGGAGCUCUGCGCCGGUGGGGAACUCUUUGACCGGAUUCAGGAGAAGGGACAUUACAGUGAACAGAAGGCUGCAGAGCUUAUAAGAAUCAUUAUUAGCAUCGUGGCUAUGUGCCAUUCCCUUGGGGUUAUGCACCGUGAUCUAAAGCCAGAGAACUUCCUCCUUUUGGAUAAAGAAGAUGAUCUGUCAAUAAAAGCAAUUGAUUUUGGUCUAUCUGUGUUCUUCAAACCAGGUCAGGUUUUCACUGAGCUGGUUGGAAGUCCAUACUAUAUUGCUCCUGAGGUACUACACAAGCGGUAUGGACCGGAAGUGGAUGUGUGGUCAGCUGGAGUGAUGCUCUAUGUUUUGCUUAGUGGGGUGCCACCUUUUUGGGCAGAGACACAACAAGGUAUAUUUGACGCUGUUCUGAAGGGACACAUUGAUUUUGACUCGGACCCAUGGCCUAAGAUAUCUGAAAGUGCAAAGAAUCUCAUAAGAAAGAUGCUCUGCCCUUGUCCUUCAGAGCGUCUAAAAGCCUAUGAAGUACUACGCCAUCCUUGGAUCUGUGAAAAUGGAGUGGCCACUGAUCAGGCUCUUGAUCCAAGUGUUCUCUCUCGGCUCAAACAAUUCUCUGCAAUGAACAAGUUAAAGAAGUUGGCUCUGAGAGUGAUAGCUGAACGACUUUCUGAGGAAGAGAUUGCUGGGUUAAGACAAAUGUUCAAGGCAGUGGAUGUUCAAAAUAGAGGUGUAAUUACUUUUGGUGAACUUAGACAAGGUUUAAGAAGAUAUGGUACUGAAUUAGAGGAUAGAGAAAUUAGUGAUAUAAUGGAAGCGGCUGAUAAAGACAAUAAUGUGACCAUCAAUUAUGAAGAAUUUAUCGCUGCAACUGUGCCUCUUAAUAAAAUAGAACGUGAGGAGCACUUGAUGGCAGCUUUUACUUACUUCGACAAAGAUGGAAGUGGUUAUAUCACAGUUGACAAGCUUCAACGAGCUUGUGGAGAACAUAACAUGGAGGACACAUUCCUUGAAGAGAUAAUUUUAGAAGUUGACCAAAACAAUGAUGGUCAGAUUGACUACGCUGAAUUCGUAGCCAUGAUGCAAGGCGACAAAGUUGGACUUGGGUGGCAACCAAUGGAAACCACUUUGAAUGUAACCUUGAGAGAUGCACCUCAAGUACACUGUCACUGAUGCAAUCGCCAUGUACAGAUUUUGUUCUCUUCUCUUAUUUCAUUGUUUCUCCACAACCCGAAUUCUGGUUGUUGUGACAUGUACGAGAAGAGAGCAAAUCAAUCAAUUCAUUUAGUAGUAUUUAUCCCAAAUAAGUGUGGGCUGGCAAGUAGUAUAUAGUUUGUCAUGAGAGACACUAGUAUAUAUAUAUAUAUAGUAGUGGUAUAUAUUGGUUUAUGUAGCUUGUGAUCCUGUCAAGCGAUUCAAUCAAAAUACUAAAAGAAGUGCAUUCAGUUUGUUCGUUUUGUUA